CGUACUAGUUAUAUUACUAUAUAACUUUAGGCUGGGGCUUUGUUGCAGAGUAGAGACAUUGUCUGAUAACUAGAAACAGGGAAACCAAAUACUGGCUUUGAAGUUUGAACGUUAGUAUUUGCAGCCACUAUGUUCCCUUUCUCUAUCCUAAACCUCACAGACUCUUCUCUCCCCUCUUUAUCUUCCCUCAAAUUCUCCGCAAAACCCAAACCUAUACGAGAGAAGUUCAGUCAGAGACCAAAAUCACCAUUAACGAGAGGCGCAAGAAUAAUAAGAAGAAGAGAAGAGGGUUGCUUCCCUUAAGAGAUGCAAAGAAAAUCGAGCUUGAGAAGAAGGGAAAUGGAAGAGGGUUGAGUCCCUACAAGGAUGUAAAUUGAGACAGAUCAAUCCUCUGGUUCUCAAGAACCCUUCUACGUUUCACGUCAAAGCGAAGCUUCCAGAACCUGACUUCAAUGGCGAGCGUGUAGAGCCUAAGGAUCCCAGAGGGUUUCUUCACGGGAAGGGUUUGGAGGAUGUCAUGCAGUUUUUCAUAGUUGGAGCUAUAACCCUAGUUCUAAGACCACUCAUAAAGGGUAAAUGGCUUCCUCAGCACACUGUUGCUGCAUGUGGAGAACUUUACCUUUUAGAUUCUUUGUUGAAGCAUAAUGCUGAUAUCAAUUCGGUGGAUAAGGAUGGUUUGACUGCCCUUCACAAAGCGAUUGGCAAAAAGCAGGUCAUAACCAAUUUUCUCCUAAAAAACUCAGCUAAUGCGUUUGUACGGGACAAAGAGGGGGCCACCUUGAUGCACUAUGCUGUACAAACAGCUUCUACUGAGACAAUUGAAUUACUCUUAUUGUAUAUUGUAGAGAUAAAUCUUCAAGACAAUGAUGGCUGGACACCAUUAAAUCUUGCUGUUCAAACUCAGACCAAAUUUAGUUAGGCUUCUGCUGCUUAAAGGUGCUGAUAAGACAUUAAGAAACAAGGAUGGUUUAACUCCACUUGACCUUUGUCUUUACUCUGGUCAAAGUUUCCAAACGUAUGUGCUAAUCAAGUUGUUAAAGCAGCCUCAAGGGUGUCUUUGACAAAUGGUGUUGUCUCUAGUUCCCAGACAUUUGGAAAUGUAGCUGUAUCGUUCCUGUUGUACCAAGAGCAGAACAAGGGAUGUGGUUUCUUUAUCCAUGUCAGAUGUGAUUUAGUGUCCUUCUCAUUUCAAAUAUAUUUAUUUUUAACCCCUUAUGGUGAUCUAUCUUAGAUUGGGAAAAGAAUUAAUUUCUCCAUUUUUAUCCUUGGUUAAACCUAUAUGUCUUCUCAUGCUCAUCAAGUAAGAAGGAUUUUAAUCAGUAGUGUCCCCAUUAUUGCUCUCUAAUUGAUUAUUGAGUUGUGGGAACCAAAUGUGUAAAUCAGUUGCUCAAGAUUAACACUUAGUGUUGUGACUUCAGGAGGCGGUCACAUUACACCAGAGGUGCAGAGAUUAGUUGUCCAUUUGUGUUCUUCAAAUUUUCAACUGACACCAACAGCAGUCAAUUGUCGUUGAAUUCUAUGGCCAGGGAGUUUGACAUGCACUUUUGGAAACCCUACUGGCAGUGUAAAUCGACCGGGUAAGAAUUUUUGAUGAGUACUUUGUAGUAUGACCUUUGUACUUGUGUCGCUGUCUAUUAUAAGGGGAUGAAAAUAGAAGAAAAAAUAUUAAACAUACUGUAUAAUGAGGUCGAUAGUGUAAAGAUGCUUCAUACACAAACACAAUAUUAUCCUAAGCACUAGUUUUGUUUGUGUCGAUGUGGAUGGUAGUAAAUAGUAAUUAUCUGUGCCUAACUAUUGUGUAACUACCCAGUUUGUAAUUGUUAAAAUAAUAACAAGAAAUGGGUAAGGAUCA